CGUCGAUGACGACAACGAGGAGAGGAAAAGUGUGUGCAGCGAAAAACUGGUGCGUGAUACCUCGAACCUUCUCGAGGAUAUCCGGUCUACGUCGUCGGUUUUCUCCGUACCAUUUGUCGCUGAUUAUGAUGCACGCAUUGAUUAUCAUGCUCUACUGCAUUCUGCUCCUUUUGAUCGCUGUUGCUGCACGAUCGAAUAUUUACUUGCCUUUAAUGAAGGAUGUCAAAAGAGCAUGUAAUUCACUAUUUGGAUGUAUCCAGGAGGAGGAUUUAUGGACCGAUAACUUUCUGCAAGAAUUGAUCGAUCAAGUAGGAAACGAAUUUGUGAGUGCGCCUGAUUCGUACUUGGAAUAUCAGGAGGAGAAAGCCAAGGAAUUGCCAAUGGAAUUGCCGGCCGAUUACGACAGCAUGGACACUUUGAACCCGAAUCCAAGUAUACGAGAUCAGGAGUAUUUGCAGCAUAGUACGCUCUGGGGCCACCAACGGUUCGACAAUAAUAAAAAUAAUAACGACAAGGGCUAUAAUAGACAUAGGAUUCAAUUUAGUCUGAAAGGAGUCAAGGACGAGAAGGCGGAAAAUCCUUUACCGGCUUACUGUACUCCUCCGAAUCCUUGUCCAGUUGGAUACACGAGUGAAAAUAAUUGUCUCACCAAUUUCGAAAACACGGCAGCGUUUAGCCGCGACUAUCAAAGCGCUCAGGACUGUAUGUGCGACACAGAACAUAUGUUAGAAUGCUCCAACGAUUCUGGAAACAGUAACAGUUUGUCGAACAUGCAUAUUUCGAAUUCCGAUCUCAAUCAAAUUAUCGAACAGUUUCAGGAAGAAAACCCGUUCUUUCAAGGGGAAAAAUUGCCCAUAGCUGCAAAGAAAGGUAUACACGUAAUCGAUUAAAGACCGCAGAAACGAACUUGAGAGAAAAUUGGAACACGAACAUGAGAGUAUAUAUAUAAUAUAAACUUCAUUGAUUAAAGUUUAAAUCGAUCGAGGAAAGGACUUUAGAUUCAAAUACUAAUAGAUGUAUAAUUAGGCCUCCGCCUAAUAAUAAUAAUAAUAAUAACAAAUAAAACACACGCAUUUACGCAGCGUUAAAGCGUCAAGUAUUGAGAAACGUUGUAAAUGAAUAACGUUUCCAAAUCUGAUGAUGCACGGACAAAGUUCUUAAAUGAACCACGGCUGUUUAUCAGCGGGUAUAUUAAAGUAUCUUCUUUUCAUAGCUCUCGCCAGAUACAUAUACUUAUA